CAAAUCAGGUUUCCAGAAAAUCCGAAACAGCAGCCACUCCGAUAGUCAAUAGCUGAUCUUUCUUACUCUGACAUGGCCUGGUAUCCCUCGAGCCCCACGCUUUUCACUCCGAUAGUCAAUAGCUGAUCUUUCUUACUCUGACAUGGCCUGGUAUCCCUCGAGCCCCACGCUUUUCGCACCACUGUAGCCAACCACAAAGGAUGCACAAGGCGCAUUACCUCAUCCACGGCGAUCUUGUCACUCUACCCUGCGGUUUAACUUUGGCGUGCGCGCUUGCACCAGAGGAGACCUCGUUUUGUCUGCGAGUAAAACCGAGAGGAGACAUGGGCUAUGGGAAAUUAUUCUAACGUCCUUGUAGCAUAACUUGUAAUUCAUGGGGCCAUGGGUGUUUUUGUUGGAAUUCUCAUCAAUUAAAAAUAUCUCAGGAUGUGUCGGUGUAAUGCAUCGCGUCCCUUUGUCGAGGCUUUUCUGCGGGUUUCGAUCUGCUGAGGGAAGCCAGGGAUCUGGAUAGCACCGUGGUCGACCUGAGGUGGCAAUGCUUCAAUAACCACCAUCGUAGUAGAGAGUGUCAGAUUGCGUGAAUUGACGAAGGAACACAAAAACCCAAAUCAAUGAAGAUUCUGAGGCUUUUCCUGAAGAAAGGUGCGCAUAUGCUGCAGUGUCUCUGUGGAAAGCGAUCGAAGCCGACUACAACCACGAGCGAGCCGCAGCUGAAGGGCAUUGUGACGCGACUGUUCAGCGAGCAGGGCUUCUACCUGCAGAUGAAGCCGGACGGCACCAUAAAUGGGACCAAGGACGAGAACAGCGACUACACUCUGUUUAACCUCAUCCCGGUGGGGCUGCGGGUGGUAGCCAUCCAGGGGGUGAAGGCCGGCCUCUACGCAGCCAUGAAUGGAGAAGGCUUCCUCUACACCUCAGACUUGUUCACAGUAGAGGCGAAAUUCAAGGAGUCUGUGUUUGAGAACUACUACGUCAUCUACUCAUCGACGCUGUACCGGCAGCAUGAGUCUGGCAGGGCCUGGUACCUGGGCCUCAACAAGGACGGCGUGGUCAUGAAGGGCAACCGGGUGAAGAAGACCAAGCCCUCCUCACACUUUGUGCCCAGACCCAUCGAAGUUUGCAUGUACAAAGAGCCAUCGCUGCAUGACAUUGAGGAGAAGGGCCGCUCACGGAAAGACUCAGGGACUGAGGCUCCCGCUCUCCUGAACGGAGGAGAAAAAGUGGCGGGCCAGGACUCCACAGAGCAAGACGGCGGCUCAUAGCCUGCACAUCGCCUCCUGGAUUUCUUACACCUUGUUCAACGACAACAACAACAACGAUAAAUGACAACAACAAACAACAACAACAACAAAAUAGAAAAAACAAGAACAACACACACAAAAUCUUGCCUGUGAAAUAUUUUAGAAAAAAGAGGGGAAAUAUUUUAAAAUCAGGACGUUGACAUUUUAUGCAAAAGCCUGAUGCGAGUAUGGCACCAGGAAGUUCAUCCUCCUCAUCAUGACAAUGUCAAUGUUUCAAAGUCGAGCUCUAAAAUCAGCUUUAAACCA